AUGGUGUACCGUGGCAAACCCUCCAAAGCUUGCCUGCGGUGUAGAAAGAGGAAGCUCCGUUGUGACCUCCAAAGAGACUCCUGUGGUCAAUGCAUCAGAGCGACCCAUAUUUGCUCCGGCUAUCGUGAUACCGAGCAGCUGAGAGUCCGCGACGAAACCCAGGCGACCAGGCAGAAAGCGUUGAGCUGUAGUUCAAAACCCAUCCCGCGCACUUUGGCUACCACUAUCCAAGAUAGGGCGAGGAACGCAUUCUUUUUUCAUUAUGUAUCCGGCUUCUCAAAAACCUAUGAUGUCCUAGAACCUCUCUACGAACAUUCUCCAUCGGACAGACCCCUGAUUGCGAGUGUUGAUGCCGUCAGCUUAGCGUUCUUCUCUUUCCAAUUCGAUUGCGAACAGGCUUCGCAUAUUUCUCGAGAAAAGUACCUAUCUGCUCUGCCGCUGCUAAACAAAGCACUCCGUAGCCCUGAAUCUGCGACGAGUGACUCAACACUCUCAGCAGUGCUCCUCCUCGACCUUUUUGAAAAAAUCACGAACAACAAUCCUCGAUCGAUCGGUUCCUGGAUGAGUCAUAUCAACGGUGCUCUUGCCCUGGUCGAGAUGCGUGAGAGCCCGCUGCUCCAAGACUAUACGGGUCACCGGCUGUCAGCACGCCUGAGCACCAAUCUUCUCAUCAGCUGCGUCUCGGCAAAUUCUCCAGUGCCGCCUGCGUUGAUCAAACUUCGCUCUGAUCUUGAGCCCUUCUUAAAUAAGGAUGAUCCGAAAUGGCGGCUCUCCGGCCUGGUGGUCAAAUAUGCUAAUCUAAAAGGGGCCAUUCAAGAUGGGUGCCUUCUCAGCUUCGAUAUCAUCGCUCGCGCGACCGAGCUUGACCAUGAAUUUGUGUCACUUGGAAAGCAUAUGGCUUCAACAUGGCUCUACAAUACGACAUAUCUAGAAGAAAUAUCGGAACGAGUGUUCGAGAAACGCUACGAUGCGUAUCCAGAUCACCUCGUUACUCAGGGGUGGAACGUUCUCCGGGUCAUGAGGAUCCUAUUGAAUGACAUAAUACGCACACACCGCGUCUCCCCAGACACAGGGCCUUUUAACAACGGCUCUUCUCCCCGCAACUCAGCCAUCGCGACUGGCUACAUCAACGGCAUAGCGAAAGAUAUCUGUGCCACUGCGCCUCAAUUCACAGAACACGAAAGCCCCACACCGAGGAGCAAGACCUACUCCACGACCCAGAGAUUACGAUGCUACACUCUGCUCUUCCCACUCUACGUCGCUGGAUUACAUGCUAGCUCCACAACCCAAAUCAAGGCAUGGAUCAUCCAGCAACUGCGGUUCAUGUCCGACGAGAUGGGCAUUCGGAACGCGAGCGUCGUCGCACAGAUUUUGGGACAGAAUGGCGGAACUUGUCCCUGGGAUGUGUAUGCCGUGCUUGGAAGUUAUGCGUUUGCUGCUUAG